AUGUUUGGUUUUGAAACUAGAACAGUACGAGAGGUUGGUUCCACUGAUCAGGACAAGACUGUUCCAGACACCAAAGUGAUUGAGUCCCUUUUGACAGUCCUUCAUGCUCUUCAUGAUUUUGAGACGCAGUCUGCAAAUGACAGGCAUCAAUCAGGAGUGAUGUAUAACACCUUAGGUUAUGAGAUUAAAAGACUUGAGAGCAGUAUCCCUGGAGCUGGGAAAGGAGUUUUUGUCACUAAAGGAGACAUCCCAGUAGGGAGUCUUGUAGCUUUAUACCCAGGUAAAUAUUUAUACUACUUUUGAAAACUUCUAGGAUCUCCUAAACCUAAUAAAUACUCUGCCAUCAAUGUUUUUCUCCCUAGAUGUUAGUUGUAAUUCUCUUUACUAUCUAUGAUAAAUUUCUAAUAAAGUUAGUUUUGAGAAUUUGGUGUUGGAUCUCAUAGUAAUCUCAGUUCUAGUUGAUUUUCUUCUUUAUUCUCAUAACUUGUCUACUUGAUUUUGUAGAGAUUUUAGGAGGAGAAAUUGUGUCAUGGUCACUCCUGAGAAUGAUUAGUUCACAACAUAAUGAUGAAUCAUUUUGCUGUUCUUAUUAACAGGGACAAUUUAUUGGCCUUAUGAACCAAUCUUAAUUCAGUCAGUUGGAAAUCCUUUUGUCUUCCGUUGUAUUGAUGGAAUACUUAUUGAUGGCAAUGAUAAAGGAUUAUCUAAAAUGAUCUACAGGUAAUCAAUGAAAAAUGAAUUGCAGCAACAUUUUUAUUCUUUUUAGAACUGAUUUCUUUAUAUAAGUUAGUUAAAAAAAUGUGGACGCAUAAAACAUGGGAAAGGAAUGCAGAGGUUGCAGUUGUUAGGGAAACAGCUGUGUCAUUUUGCAUUUUUCUUUGUGCUAUAUGCAUUUCUCCAACUCCAUACUUUGCAAUUACCCUCUUGGCUCCAAUGAUUAACAGCAUGGAAGAGGUCAUGUCUGAGACAAUUAUGUCAUUUAAAAGCAACUUCACAGGUCCUGGAACAAGUGGUUCCAUUCACUUCUAUCAUACCUGAGACUUGCUACAAGUCUUGUACCAAAAUUCUUGCAAUUUUAAGAUGGCAUAUUAGUAUUCGUGGAGGCGCGGUGGCCUCAUGGUUAGUGCGCUCGACUCCUGAUUGGGUGGUCUGGGUUCGAGCCCUGGCCAGGUUCAUUGUGUUGUGUUCUUAGGCAAGACACUUUACUCCCACAGUGCUUCUCUUCACCCAGGUGUACAAAUGGGUACCAGCAAAUGUGCUGGGGGUAACCCUGCGAUGGACUAGCAUCCCAUCCAAGGGGGAGUAGCAAUACUCCUAACCGCUUCAUGCUAAGAAAACCAGAGUUAAGCGCUGGCCCCAUGGGCCACUUGGGCCUAUAUACAGGCUUUUAUAUUAGUAUUCAGCUGUCUGAUUUUCUUGUGUAACUGUGAGUGUAUAUAAAGAAUUCCUUGAUCUGCUCUUGAGUUCUUGAGUUAUUCUCUUGCUCCCUAAGGUCAAGUGCUAGAAGAGAUCAAAUUGGCCCAUAUUUACUAUGUGAUACCACUUGGCUUACAAACGAUCCUCAAAAUCCACUGGCUGUUGGACAGUACGUCAAUAACAGGACAAAAAACAAGCCAGCAAAUGUGGCAUACCAAGAAGUGGAUAUCCCUCUGCAAAGUGUUGCGCCAAAGCUGUGGAAAUAUCUUCCAAAUAUUUGGUACAGUAGUGGUAAUAUUGCUGGUGAAAACUCGUUUCUUAGAAUAAUUGCAUUGGUGUCUGUUUGUAAGAUUUGUGAAGGAGAUGAGGUGCUUUCCUCAUAUUUUACAGUGGUAAAUUGA